UUUACGUUGAUUGGCUGCAGAAAGGUUUUCAAAAAUUUCAGCGGCAGUUGAUAAAGCUGUUCGAAGCGCUGGGAAUAUUUCCCUAUUAUUAUUAUUUUUUUCUGUUAGCGUUUUCAUUUAUAAAACUGCUUCUGUAGUUGAACUUUUCUGCUGUAGGAAUCAUGUCGUUUUCCAGGGCUCCAUUGAAAAGAUUUAAUGAACACAUCGGCUGUGCUCCUCCACCAGGUACAUAUGAGCUGAAACCUGGAGAACUGAAGGGCGCUGCUUCGUUUCACAAGGCCGAGCGCUUCAAAUCACAGAAACUUGCUCCACCCACAUCCAACGAUGUGGUCAUGUCUCCAGUGCGCAGGACCAUGUCAGUUGAUGGCUUGGCCGAUAGUACAAAAAAGGACAAGAGCAACUUUCAAGUUGAAAUGAAACAGCAUAAGCUGCUAGAGAAAGAGAUCCGGUCACUGGUUCAGCAGAGAGGAGAACAGGACCGCAGGCUUCAGGCCCUAGAGGAAGAGCUAAAGAAGCUGGAGGCUAAACUGCUGGCUGCUGUGAGAGAGAAGACUGGUCUCGCAGCCAGCGUGGCCUCUUUUGAAAGACAGCUUGCAGAGUUAAAGAAAACCAACGAGUUUCUCAAAAACAAGGUUUCUGCAGACACCACAAAGAAGAAAAUCCACUCACUGUCUAUGGAGCUUAUGGAAGCAAGAAACAAACUAGAUGCUAAAGACAAGGAGCUGAGUUUCCUACAGAUCAGCUCAGAAGGCAAAAUAAAGGUGCUGGAGACUGAUCUUGAAGCUUCAAGAGCAACUCUUAACUCUAUUAAGGACAGAAACAAAGACCUGGAGAGCCUACAUGAAGAGACUAAAGCUCACAAUGAGGAACUGGAGAAAGAAAUGGAUAAGCUGCAUGCUGUUAUACAGGAGCUGAGGGAGGAGCUCAAAGUGCUGCAGAGCUACCUUGAUACUGCAAAUGAAGAAAUUCAGGAUCUAAAAGGAAAACUGCAGGACAAGUCCACAAUGGAGCGCCGGGUCUCAGAUUCUCAAGAGAAACUUGGCGAGGUGGAGCAGAAGUUGGAGCGGCGCAUGGUGGAGCUCCAGGAGUCUCGGAGUAUUUUACAGGAGAAGGAGCAGGAGCUGCAGAGGUGCCAGCAAGAACUGAAGGAAUGCAGCAGCACGCUCGGGGAGCGUCAGAAAGAGCUGGAAAAUCACAAGCGUGACCUGGAGGCCUCUCGGGCUACGCAGAAAGAGCUGGAGGAGAAGAUCGUCAAGGGAGCGCAGGAGCUCAGGGACUCGCAGAGCACAGUGAAACAGCAAGAGCAGGAGCUGGCACGAGUGAAGGAGGUGCUGAGAAGAACAGAAGAGGAGUUGGACCAGCGUGUGGCGCACAUGAAUGAGCGUUGCUUGAGCAUGGAGGAUGAGCGGGCCAGGACACAGGAGGAAGGACUGAGGAGAGUGCAGGAACUGCUAGCUGAAGUUAGCUCAUUGGAGGAGAGCAAGAAGUGUGAGAAAGAAGCUCAUGACAAGCUAAAGCAACAGCACACUGCUCUUGCCGAACAGUUGGAGGAAGAGAAGACUCGUAAUGAGUCCCUGUCCAGCACGAUGGCAUCUCUGCGUGAAGACCUAGACAAAGAGAGGAAGCAGUUAGAGGCAGAGCUGGAAGAGGUGCUGGAGGAAGUGAAUGUGCUCGAGGAGCAGGACAAGCUCCUGCAUGAGACCAUCCGUCUCCUGACCGAGGAGAAGCUCACAAUGGAGGAAGAACUGAAGAACGCCCGUGCAGAACUAGAGAGGCACAAAACAGAGAACAGGACUUUGGAAGAGGUUCAUCAGGAGACUGUGAAGAAACUACAGGACGAACACAACAACUCGCUGGGAAAGUUAGGUGACAUGGCUGCUGAGCUAGAGAGCACCACGCAGGCUCUCAGUACACAGCGAGAGCAGGAUCAGACUCGUGUACAGGAACUGAAGGAGGAGCUGAGCAGAAUCACUCAGCAACUGCAGGAUGAACAGAAUAAACUCCUGCACCAGCAGCACACUCAGGAAAAGGAGAAGGAGGAGCAUACCAGGAUGCAGCUAGAGGUCCAGACUAAGCUGGCCCAAUGUGAGAUGGACUUGAGGCUGGCCAAGGAGGAGUUAGCACAGGAGCAAGAGGAGAAACGGCAAGCCCUAGCUGAGGUGGAGCAGACUCAGCAGCAGCGGAGGGAGUCAGCAGAAGGCAACGUUCACGAGGCACGGCUCCUCCAGGUGCAGAUGGAGGCAUUGAAACAGGAAAAGGAGCAGCUUGAGCAGGAGAAGGAGCAGCUCCGUCAGCAGAUGGAGCAGGAGAAGGACCAGCUCUGCCAUCAGAUGGAGAAGAAUGAGCAGCUCUGCCAGCAGAUGACGAGGGAGAAGGAGCAGCUCUGCCAGCAGAUGGAGCAGGAGAAGGAGCAGCUCUGCCAGCAGAUGGAGCAGGAGAAGGAGCAGCUCUGCCAGCAGAUGGAGCAGGAGAAGGAGCAGCUCUGCCAGCAGAUGGAGCAGGAGAAGGACCGGCUCUGCCAUCAGAUGGAGAAGAAUGAGCAGCUCUGCCAGCAGAUGGAGCAGGAGAAGGACCGGCUCUGCCAUCAGAUGGAGAAGAAUGAGCAGCUCUGCCAGCAGAUGGAGGAGGAGAAGGAGCAGCUCUUCCAGCGGAUGGAGCAGGAGAAGGAGCAGCUCCGCCAGCGGAUGGAGCAGGAGAAGGAGCAGCUCCGCCAGCGGAUGGAGCAGGAGAAGGAGCAACUCUUCCAGCAGAUGGAGCAGGAGAAAGAGCAACUCUGCCAGCAGAUGGAGCAGGAGAAGGAGCAGCUCCGCCAGCGGAUGGAGCAGGAGAAAGAGCAACUCUGCCAGCAGAUGGAGCAGGAGCAGCACAAAUUAAAGGAACAGCUCACAGAGGCACAAACAAGCACAUCAAAUGAUGAGACUGAGCACUGGAGGACAUUGUAUGAACAGCUCUACUCUAAAGUUAAGCCCUUCCAGGAGCAGCUAGAUGGCUUUGCAGCAGAAAGGGAUGCAUUGCUGUCUGAGAAAGGGGCCACUCAGGCAGAGCUGAAUAAGCUGGCAGGCGCCUAUGCCAACCUGCUGGGCCAUCAGAACCAACGACAGAAAAUCAAGCACAUGGUCAAGCUCAAGGAGGACAACUUGGAGCUCAAGCAGGAAGUGACUAAGCUGAGGACACUAGUGGGGAAGCAGAAGAGGGAACUGGAGCAGCUCAAGUCCAGUGAGGCGCCACGCCGGUUUGACCCCAGCAAGGCCUUCAAACACGAGCAUAAAGAGAAUCAGCAGCCUGUGAUGCCUCUGAGAUAGAGCCAGAAUGUACAAGUUGGCUACUAAUCAGUCGUUACAUGAAUAUAUGAUGUAUUGUCACAUUGUAAUUCCCACACUGUGUUUGUAGGGUUAAUGUAUACCGUCACAAAGAAUUUAGUGAUCUAGACUUUGAGAGGAAGAACCUGUCAAAGAAAAAGUACAAGCAGUUCUUGGUGGAUAUUAUCUGUGAUGUCUUAAGGCAAGCUUUGAGGGAAUUCCUUCUACACUUGGGUAUUUCUGUUCUCCGUGGUAUCUGGACACAGGGUGUUUCUAUUUAUUGUCUGCAUUUGUGUUUUGGGUCACUAAUACAGCAGGACUUAAUAUGGGAAUUGAAAUAUAUUUUUAAAAUGAGUAAUAUUUUAAGCAUCUUUUUUUUGUUUUAUGUCUUGAUUACCCAACUACUAGAUCUGUUAAAAUAUGUAUGUUGUCUAGUAUGCUGUAAGACUGGGUUAUGCGUGCUCAUCCAUUAUCUUCACUUCAAUUCUGAUUCAUUUUGUAACCUUUGAACUUACUUUCAAUCUAAUUUUGUAGUCCUGUUAAUCCAAUUUAUAUUUUCAAUCCAAUUACUCAACUCAGUUCAGCACAUUUCAUGUACCAUAAUUUGAUUACUUGGCUGCUCUUUUCUUUGUUCUAAUGCUUUACUUUUUAAAGCUUUUACAAAUCUUUUCUUUUAUGAUUUUAAAUCUGAUGAUUGUGUUGCUAUGUCAAACAGUUAUUUAAUAAAAAAAA